CGGCCCGGCCCCGCUCCGCCCCGCGGCGCUCCCCGCCCGGCGGCCCCGCAGCCGCCGCCGCCUCGGGCCGCGCCGCCUCCCCCCAGCACCGGGCGCGGGGACAGCUCCGGGGCGGCUCCGCGUUAAAGGGCGGCGGAGCGGGGAGAGCCCGGGAGAGAGGCAGGAGGGAGAGGAGAGGAGAGGAGGGGAGGAGGCGGCCCGCAGCGCUGGGUGACGGAGAAGAGGGAAGGGAGCUUCCAGGACAAAGUGGAGCUUUGGCAAAAAUAGCUCUUUCCAGGGUUAGGCUUUUUUUCUUUUUUUUUUUUUUUUUCCCCCUUCUUUCAGCCGAGCGCGCCCCGGGGGAAGUGCCCCCAUCGCAGCGGACACCCGAGCUGUCGGCCUGAGGGGCACCUGAAGCAGAAUGUACCAGGGACACAUGCAGGCAGUAGGUGAAACCUUGAAGAAAAAGUGGCUCUGUCUUCAAAAAAGUGACCUGACCUUUGCUUUGGGGAAAGGCGCUAGGUCGGCCGAUAAGGCUGUGGCCAUGGUGAUGAAGGAGAUGCCGAGGGAGGAGUCCGCGGAGGAGAAGCCCCUCCUCACGGUGACGUCACAGCUGGUGAAUGAGCAGCAAGAAAGCAGGCCACUUCUGAGCCCCUCCAUUGAUGACUUUCUCUGUGAAGCUAAACCAGAAGCUGUUGCAAGGCCUGUAACAUCAAAUACUGCAGUGUUAUCAACAGGUUUGGAUCUCUUGGAUCUUAGUGAACCUGUCUUACAAACCCAAAACAAAGCAAAGAAAUCAGAGAAUCCAUCAAGAGGUGAAGGCAUAAAAGCUUCAACCCACAGAAAGAAGACAGACAAUCCUGACCUUAUCAAUGUGGACACUGAGCAGAAAGUCCAGACUGUCAGAGUUUCAGACAAGUCUUCACUAGAUUUAGUUGAUAUUCAGACACAGCUAGAGAAAUGGGAUGACGUCAACUUUCACGGAGAGAGGAGCUGCAAAGUCCACCCUUCGGCAGAACGAACAUCAUCAUCAUCUAGAGCUCCAUCAAAAGAGCUUUUAUGGUCCACAGAAAAUAGAUCACAGUCUGAGCUGACUAAUGUCAAGAGUGCCUUGGACGCUGAUUCAACAUCAGAACUAGAACUUGCACCUGCAAUACAGGCACGAUCAGCUAAGGAGCAACGUUGGGGAGGGCCUCUUCUCUCUAGAAAUCACUCCUUGGAAGAAGAAUUUGAAAGAGCAAAGGCAGCUGUUGAGUCAGACACAGAGUUUUGGGAUAAAAUGCAAGCAGAAUGGGAAGAAAUGGCUCGCAGGAACUGGAUUUCGGAGAACCAGGAAGCACCGGGGCAAGUCACCAUCUCAACCAUUGAGAAGGGAUAUUAUUUUCAUACAGAAAACCCCUUCAAAGACUGGCCAGGUGCUUUUGAGGAAGGACUGAAAAAAAUGAAAGAAGGUGACCUGCCAGUUACAAUCUUGUACCUGGAGGCUGCUAUUCUGCAAGAACCAAAUGAUGCAGAGGCCUGGCAGUUCCUGGGUAUAACACAGGCAGAGAAUGAAAAUGAGCAGGCAGCCAUUGUCGCCCUCCAAAGGUGCUUGGAACUACAGCCAAACAACCUAAAAGCUCUGAUGGCACUAGCUGUAAGUUAUACCAACACUGGCCAUCAACAAGAAGCUUAUCAAGCUCUAAGAAACUGGAUAAAGCAAAAUCCAAAAUACAAGUAUAUAGCAAAAAGCAAAAAAGGGUCCCCAGCACUUACCAGGAGAAUGUCAAAAACAUCAGAAGAAAGCUCAUUACUUGAAGAAGUAAAGGAUUUAUACCUGGAGGCUGCUCAUCAGAAUGGUGAUAUGAUAGACCCUGACUUGCAGACAGGACUUGGAGUUCUUUUCCACCUGAAUGGAGAAUUUAACAGAGCAAUAGAUGCUUUUAGUGCUGCUUUAACUGUUCGUCCAGAGGACUAUACAUUAUGGAACCGUCUUGGAGCAACCUUGGCAAAUGGAGAUCGAAGCGAAGAAGCCGUUGAGGCCUACACACGCGCUUUAGAAAUACAGCCUGGCUUCAUUAGGUCCAGAUACAAUUUAGGCAUAAGCUGCAUCAACCUAGGGGCAUACAGAGAGGCUGUCAGCAACUUUCUCACUGCUCUCAGCUUGCAAAGAAAGAGCAGGAAUCUACAGCAGGUUCCCCAUCCUGCUUUAUCAGGCAAUAUUUGGGCAGCGCUUCGAAUUGCUCUGUCUAUGAUGGACCAGCCAGAACUGUUUCAAGCUGCCAAUGUGGGUGAUCUAGACAUUCUAUUAAGAGCAUUUAAUCUAGAGCCGUAGUAAAAAGCAUCCACAAAUUGAUUAAGUUGUAUUAGGAAACAGAGAACUCUUUUAUUACUCAUCUCAAAAUGACAACAUCUUCCAAAUGAUCACAGCUGUAGAUCGGUAGGGGAAUUCUCUCGGACAUUAUUCAAAAAGGAAAAGUUCAAAAGCACAAGAUAUUGUAAAUAGGCUCAAACUCAAAAGAUCAAAAUGAGCUGCAGCUAAUCUGACAGAGCCCUGAACUCAAUGAAAUAGCCUUUUCUGAAGAAUCUUCAUCCCAUGCAAGCUAUCUCUCUCUAUAUGUACACAGCUAUACAAAGAAAAAUAUAUUACAAACAAACCUAGGUAAUCAUUAUUGCACAUGUAGAAUGGCAAGCAACGCAUCCAAGAAACCUGCUUAGCAGCUCAUCACACUAUACUGACAUCACUUUGCCCUACAACGUGGAUUCCCUGUCCUUUUAGUUUCUUUGAAAAAUCUUUUUGAGGUCCAUCUUCAACAUAGCUCUGAAAAUAGAUGCAUGUAAAAUGGAUGUAUUUUGUUUUGAAUAUAUUUAUUAGUUGGCAGUCAAGAAAAUCUUUGCUUCUGAAGGUACCUUAAUUAAUCUGGGCCAAAUUCUGCAGGCUCACAGUGUUGUAAACAAUGUGCAAUAUUAAGAAGAACAUUGUACAUGGAGGUCUAUGAGAUUAGGCCAUGUAUAUAUUGGAAGGACAAGUGUUUCAAGCAGAAGCAGUAAUUUGCACUAGAAUUGUUGCUGUUUAAACCAGCUCUCUCUGACCAUGGACAGAGUAUGUCUGCUUCUAAGGAGCUCGUAGCAGGAUCUGCACCUAUCUAUGUGUACUUAUGCACUUUAAUCUUUCUUUUCGUAAAAUUGUGCUGUGCUUUAUUUUAAUUACUAACAGCAGGAUGUACAGGAUAGCCUUGUUGGCAUAGAGGACCAAAUAUUGUUUCCUGAAAUGUGAUAAGAGGGUUUUCAAUAUUCUUAUGUUUAAAAAAUGCAAAUACAGUAUAAAUUGCAAUAUCUAUUAGAAAGAUUAUUCUAUUAUGCAUCAGGUACUACAUGCAUGCAUGUGCAUGCACAUACAUAUUAUGUGAAUUAUGUCAUUUCAGAACAUAAUAAGCCACAGAUCUUUAUUGAAAAUAAAGAAAAGUCUUUAUAGGAGUUAAUGCCUGCAGACCGUGCUUGAAGGAUUUUUUUUCCUGAAAAGAAUGGUCUAAAUAAUGCUCAUAGGAUUGGAACUGAGAUUUAAUCCCGCUGUUAUGGCAAACAGUAGCAAAAGUUUCAGUGAACUCUAUGACUAAAUGACAGAAUUUAGCAGACUGAUUCCUUAGAAAACAUCAGUAUUUGUAGCUACUUAAAGAUAUGUAUGCAUAUCAUCUUAAUUUUCCCUGAUUGGAUGAAUGAGGUACAGUAUUAAAGGAGGAGGCUGCACUGCCACAUGAUGAAUGGAUGGAUUUGGGCACAGUGCAAACAUUUAGCUUGAGGUAAAUGCGUCAAUCAAAUACAGGAAUAUCAUUUUUAUGGGGAUAACUCUCAGUUGCCAAUAUUUUUAAUACUUUUUUUAAACAGUGGAAGAAUGAAAUGUAAUUGGGUGGCUACUGUGUCGAUUCAUGGUCAGGAAUGUAACGUGCAGGGUAGCCACUGGAAUGUGACGAAGUGGGACAAGCAGCACAUUUCCUAUAAACAGCAGUGGGGAGAAAAAAAGAAAAAAAGCUCAAUCGGCUGUUUAAAAAGCAAAAUGGACAAAGUUCCAUGUGCAUUGAGCAGUUUCACUGGUACAAGCCUAAACUUUCUUGCAGCUAUUUGUUAUUUUGAGCAACCACUUAAAAUAACAUUUCACAUAAAAUAGCAUAAUCACUGCGUCUAAACAUCAACUAUAAUUUGUUUGGGUUUUGUUAAAAAUAGGAGGUUUACUCCUCAUUCUCUCCCACAGAAUAGAGGUGCUGAAAUAGCUACAGGAAAUUUUUAAUAGUGCUUUAUUAAUUUGUUGUUUAUAUCUAUUCCUGUUUAUCUAUCAAGCAUAUAACAACUGAUUCCUGCAAUUUCCUCUAAGGAUUGGUUAUCAAGGACUGCCUGAGAAUGUCAUUUUAGCUAAGUGGGUUGCUGUAUGCAUAUCUGCUGACAACAGUUUGCUCUUUUGCUUUGACAGCGAUGUGUGAUGACAGCCCUUUAUUGAUAAGGCAGAGCAGAAGGUGCAGUGCAAUUGAAUCUGGAGAGUGAUAAGAGAGAAGGGAGGCAGCUUUGAGAAGAGGCUGUAAAGCAAAGGCAUAUGUGCUUAGAUUUUCCUUGAUGCCCUGCCAUCACACACGUUCUUGAACAUCCUCUGUGUGGUAGGAUAAUUAGUGCAUAUCCAGAGGAAUGAGCUGCUCAAGAGUUAUAUUUUUAUACCUUUCAAAUCAACAAACUUAAAUGCUUGACUUCGCUAAACCUUUUUUUUUUUUUUUUUUUUCCUAGCAUGUGUACGAGUAACAUUGCAAUUCUGUUAGGAAAACCUAAUGCAACUCUAGUUCACAUGCCCCAAGCCACCCCCAAAAAAGUAGGUAACUUGAUUUAUCCUAGGAUGCACUGCUCAAAACUGCAUUCCUGUGCCAGUACACGUCCACUCCCAUGUGAGGAGAGCUGCCUGCAUAAACCUAGCAAAAAACACACAAGGGCUGAACUCUGCCCCCUGAGGAUACUCAAGUCCCCAGUUCACCAGAAGCAACGCAGUCCCGCUGUACAGGACAUGGGCUCCAAAAUCCCACCCAAAGAUUGUGUGCACUCUUGGAGAUUACCCCAGCAGUUCUCUGCUGUUUCAGAUAGGUGCUCAGCUGGCCGUAGGCUACCACUGACCAACAUGUUGUGCAAGGGAGACCAAAGCAGGCUUCCUGGGGGCAGUGGCACAUCUCGCACACUGCCAGACACCAGUUCUGUGCUGGCCUGUGCAGGAAAGCGACCGCUGAUACAUAGCUCACCUUACUUAGUGCUGGGUGCGCUUCAGUGUCCUGGGCUUUAUCGUCCUCCUUUAGCCCCCACUGCCAAACCCUGUCAGCACACAAGACAGCUUUGAUCUGACCACCUCAUGUAGUUUCUUGCAUUUUUGGUAGCCAGCAUGUGUAUUUGCCUGUAACAGCAAGAGGAAAUGUAAAGAGCCUGCAGCAUAUUAACACCUUGAAAAGGAAAUGCAUCUACUUGUACUUCUAACCAGGCACGAAGCAGGAUAAAUAACAAGGCUGCUGAACCAUAGCAGAUUGAGCCUGAGAGUGAGAGACAGGAAAUCUGGAUCCUCUUCUCAGUGCUCCUUGUGAGAUCCACCAAGUCCCCAACUUGCCCAGGUGUGCAAGAAAGGAAGGGCAAAUAACAGCCCUUGUGUGGCACUGUACGUGAUGGCACUGUACGAGAGCAGGGGAAUGCUGCUGUCUCCACAGGCUGUGUGCCUGAGGUCACUCGUAAAUUCAGAGAAGGCAACACAGGAGUACAGGGUUGCUCAGCUCUAAGUAAGGAAACAGUUUUACAUAAAGACUAGAAAUUUCAGAAACGAAGAGACCCUGAGACAUUCCAGGAUUACAACUGUAGAGCAACUAUGGGGUGGUACCAAAUUAGAGUGCUGCAAUGGUUUAUCAGCAUCUCCCACUCCUGCUUCCCCUUGUUCUUACUCCCCUCUUUCUCCAGAGGUGAUUUAUCACUGCCAGGUAAUUGACUCCCAAUUUUUCAGUCUUUCCUCUUUUGCAUAUUUCAUGCAAUUAAAAAGCACUUUCCUAACCCAAGCUUCUGUCUGCCCUCUCCUCUGCAAAAGUUUAUGAAUAUUUAUAACAAGUCUGAUCCAUCAAGCUGCUAAACACUGAAAGUCUUUGCCUGAUCAGCUCAGAUACAGCUACCUGAUGAGGGCUGGCCUCUGAUACCACUGCACAUGUUUAACAGUCACUGAAAUAAAAAUGAUUAUUUAUGGGGUGAAGCUUUACAAUGAAAGCAAUAGGCUCAUUUCUUGCUGAUCUCUUUAAAUGGUAAUGAUUAAACCCAUUGUUGCAGUAGACUGUUUUUUGCCAGUUUAAAGUGUUGGUUUGAUCUUCAGGUAAACACAUACAUAUCUGUAUGCAAUGGCAUUUUAUUAAGACCUGACAAAUAACAGCACUUUUAAAAAUACUGAGGGGAAAGUUCCUGUAACACAAAACCUCAUGUGACAAUAGUGCAUGCAACUACACUAACAAAUAACCGUAGUGAAAUACUAAUACUAAGCAUGCAGCAUUGCUACUUGAGUAAGCAUUUAGAGAAUGCAUGCAGAAGACACACAUCGGGUGUUUUAAAGCUAUUAAUUAGUAUCUUCUAUGGAAUGUUUUAAAAGCACUUUGCAUCUUCCGAACUCAAAAUCAAGUUCAGGUUAUUUGUCACAGUUUAGACAAAACACAGAGCCCUUUUUAAAUCCCAUCCUUAGAAAUUGCUGCGUGUUGUGGAUCUCACGUUUGCUUGAAGUCUUUAAUGAAUGACAGACAUCUGCAGUAACUGCUUUUGCAGACAAAUUUUGGUACCCUCUUCAGAAUCAGAAAGCCAAAUGUGUGCAGGUUUCCCGGGGAAGUUGUAUGUUUAGAUUUUCUUAUUUUCUUUACUAGCCUAACCCAGGUAGCACCAAACCAGAGAAAAAGAUUCCCAGAGCCAUUGAAACAACUACUGUCUUGCUCUACACGUAACACGGCCAGGCUUUUCAAACUUGCCCACUAGCUCUGAAGGCUGCCUGCUAUCUGACUACCCUGUUUGAAAGUUGGAGAAUCACAGACUGGUUUGGAUUGGAAGAGACCUUAAAGACCAUCCAGUUCCAACCCCCUGCUGUGGGCAGGGACAUCUCCCACUAGCCCAGGUUACCCAAAGCCCCAUCCAGCCUGGCCUUGGGCACUUCCAGGGAUGGGGCAUCCACAGCUUCUCUGGGCAAUGUACAUGUAAAACUUCACAGGAUCUGAGCACCUGCUGUAUGCAUGGGUUUCAGCUGCAGACACUCAAUUCAGCAGAAAGCUCAGCACAUCAGGCACGAAGAGCUAAUGAGUCAAUUUGGAAAACUUGGGCCUGUCUGCCAGGUGGAAAGGAGGGCCCUAACAACACCAACAGGUGCUCCACAAACAUUCAUAGGAUCACAGGCCCCCAUGACAGGAAUAAUAGCUGCUGACAUUACCAGCAGCCACAGAAGCAAAGAUCGAGGCCUAAAUCAUUGCCUGUUACAGCCAGUGAGAAUUGGACUGACACAAAUUGGUUGUAGAUCUCUCUUGCCUGAACGUGCAUCUGCAAAAUGAGACAUAUUAGUUUCUUCACAUGAAUAACCUGCGCAGUUGACAAACGGAGAUUUCUGGUCACCAGUGUUGUCAGCUUUGCAGCCUGUACAGUGAAUUUAUGUAAUUAUGUUUGUAAAAUACCAAGUAUUCACAGACAGAAGUGAUAGACAAAAUGCACUGCAUGCUGUGAAAAAAACUGACGGGUGGAUAUGCAAUAGUGUUAUCUACUAUCCAAACCUCAUCUAUGCUAGAAAUCAAAUUACUUCAUUAUGGUUCUAUUUUUGGACUGGUGAAAUAAAUCAGACACAAGAGCGCCAUGCAUGUAGAGACCACAGAUGCUUUGAACAAACCUUGGCAAAAUGAAAAAUGUCGCAGAACCCACAGAAAGUUUCAGAGCCUCAGCCCACAGAGCAAUAGGUACUAUGCCUGGGAGAGAGACAGAAGGAACCUAAAGUUUCCUAAAAUAAGCUGUAACUUUACAAAUGCUUGCACAUGUGACAGCAAGCUUGCAUGGUCAAGAUUUAAUGUGCUUUGAUCUUUUUUCCCCUUCCACAUUUACAGAAUGUCAUUGACAUUGGCUAAAACUUUAAUUUAAAUAGCCUUUUUAAUAUCAGUAAUUAUUGUAAAUUCAGAAAAAUCAAAACAUUUAUAAAUAUAUUUUAUAUAUCAGAGUAUAACAUAUCUAGAUUCAAAUAAAACUAUAUAGUUUUGAAAGGCAUUCUGUGCAGCUUCUUCUAUAUGCUGUAAACUGUUUGAAAAACCUUUGCUAUCUUGCAUCAGUUUUUUUGGCUUUAUUUUUAAGCCAACAUACAGGAAAGAAGGGACUCUAGGGUUGGCAGAUACUUUCACCUGGGCUGUCAGAGGAGCCCUGCUGCUGCACAGACUUACAUUGCUCACUUAACGCCUCUGUCGAUGGGUCGGUGGACGUGCAGGGUGCAGCACGUGGAGGUGGGAGCUCAGCCCUACACCUGAAUGUUUACAUUCCCUUACAAAGGUCCACACCGACCCAGACCGAGCACCUGGGUCUGUAAGUACAUGAGGAGUAAAAAAUACCUUUCUUACAACUAACUCGCCUCUGUAUACUUAGUGCAUUAUCAGCUGUGUAUUAUAUUAAACACAGAGCUGUAGUUUACUGAUGCUUUACGUUGAUGUUUCCUUGCACUGCUCUUUAAAAUAAUCUAUUUCCUCAGAAAUGAACUACGUGCAUAUUGGAUGUGUUAAAUUUAUUAAGCUCAUAGAUGACUAUUUGCAGAGCACCACAUUUAAUGUAGUAUUUUUGUACUGUAAUGGAAGCAUGCCUUCCUUGGGUUCUUUUCCACAUACUGAAUUGUAUUUAUUUACCUGUAUUUAUAACUGUGCAAUUUUUAAAUAUGUUUUAAAAAUAAACUUUGUCUGUGGCUUCAAAUA